AGUUGCGCACUAAACAGUUUUCAAUUUUGCCUUCGCGUCACAUGACCUGUACAUUGGCCCCGUGACCAAAAUUGUAGGAAAAUUCAAAAUUGUUUGCUAAGAUAAAUAAAAUAAUACAAUCAUGGAUAUUCUCGAUCCAUUAGAAACGGGAGAAUCUGAAGAAGUGGAAAGUAAAAUAAUUUUAAACGAAAUUCAUAUUAAAGGACAAGAAAGUGAUGAAGAUGCCAAUGGAGAACAACUAUCCCCACAAACCUUGUUGGAAACACCUGACCAUGAAGUGCAAUAUGCAUUGAAGCCUACAGAAGGAAAUAUGUUUACAUACAGAGUUCUCCAAGUGGAUGAUUCAGCAGUUGAAACUACGCCACAUCUUGUUGCAACUACGGGGGCUUUUAAUAAUCCAGUUCCUCAAGUAAUAGGUAGCAAUGUGAAUGGACAACUUUACCUCAUAGGCAAUGCUAAUGAAAUGUUUGCUACACAAAGUGGAACUAGAGCAAUAGCUCCUCGAACUACCAUUGUUGACACAGCCAACAAUACUGUUGUUUCUAGCAUCAAUACCAGCAUUAAAAGGAGAGAUGAACGACGACGAGCAACUCACAACGAAGUGGAACGAAGACGUCGUGACAAAAUCAACAAUUGGAUAACGAAACUAGCGACAAUAAUUCCCGAGAAUUGCGUUGGCGAGACUCGAGCCAACGGCCAUUACGACGGCCAAUCAAAAGGUGGUAUUCUAGCCAAGGCUUGUGAUUACAUUAUGGACCUCAAAACUAUGGUAGAAAAAUAUGAAAAUUUGUCACGACAGCAUAACGAACUUCUAAGUGCAUUGGAGAUGGUUAAUAGUAAAAAUUCAUCUUUAGAGAGAGAAAAUAAAGAACUUAAAGCUAUUUUGAAAAAGAAUAGCAUUCUCUACGUACCUAAUGAUCUUUCUUAGUGUUGUUAUGUUUUUAAAUUUUGUUAUUUUAAGAGUACAUAUUGUGAAAGCACGGCGAGGUCACAUUUCGGUUUUUUAGCACGACUAUAUUAUAACUUGUACGUAUAUUAUCAUUCAGAAGUAUGAAAUCAAAAAUAAUUGAACUGAUAUUAACCAUACUGACCAAAUUUUUAGCAGCUGGUUUUUAUAGUGAUAAUUAAAGUUGUUGACUAAUUUUCGUAACUUUGUUUAAAAUUUGUGAUGGUAUUUAAUUCUUGAAAAACUUGAAAAGUUAAGUCUGGUUACUAUAACAUUUCAAAUAAGCUCAUUUAAAACGAAUCAAAUGAAAAUAAGGUUGAAAUUUAGGUCUGCCCCCAUCACCAAGUUGCGCGUAUUUAGAAUUAUAGUGCUACAUAUUAUGUACCGGGUGUCCCAAUAAGAAUGGCUCUCGGCCAUAUCUCAGGAACCGUUUAUAGUACAGCUUUGGGAAAAAAAUUAUAACAAAAGUGGCCUCGAGAAAAGCCCGGAAAUUAUUUUCAUAAUUGUAAGUCCACCGCUAGAGGGCGUAAUUGAAUAUCAAAAAUGUAAAAAUCAAAAUUUUACAAAAUUUACAUAAUGAAAGGGCACUGAAAAUCCGAUCAUCGUAUUCUUCGCAAAAUUCUGCGAAUAUUUGAUUUCACAAGUGCAACUCUACCUUUGCAAAUAAGAGCUGGGGGUGAGUGGGAACCUUGUUAUGAAAAAAUGGCUGUAAGUCCGGUUCUGCUAAAUCGAUUUUUGCAAACUUGGUCUCGUUGAAAACACAUCUUUUUCGUCAAUGUAAGAGUUAUAAUUACGAAACAGCCUAAUAAGUAAUAUGUCAGAUAGGGGGCGCUAUUUUAUGUUUUUCAGAAAUCUAGUUUUCUUUGGAAAAUAUUAAAUACAAGUAUGCACUUUUAACCCUGUAUUACAAAAUUAGACCAAAUUAGCAACAGAAUAUCGAAAACCGCAUGUCGAUACCUUUUUUAUACCUCGAGAUAUCUUAAGAAACGUAUAAAUUGUAAGCAAACUGAUAAUGUCACCGGUAAGCGAAGUUAAGGAAAUCAAAGUGAAAACAGGUAGUGUGCUAAGGGAACAAAUUACAGCGGGGAACUUGCGGAGUGCCGACAGAAGUGAAUAUUUCUCAUAGAUUCAAUUAUAUUCGGUUGGAUUCCAUUCGAUUGGAUUUAAUUUUAUUUAUUAUAAUUGUGCUUAUAAUUUAAUAUAUUUAAAAUAUACCCAAUUUAAUACAUAAUAUAUAUGGUUUGUCAAACGUAGGAAAGAGGUUGAAAAUCUUACAAUCACCGAAAUUUUUAAACUUUUUGCUACGUUUGACAAACUGUACUAGUGAUUUUACCCGUUAAUUUUAGAAUUAACAAACUUUCAAAAGAAGUUUUACUUCAAAUUUGAUAGUGAAUUUAAUUAUUAUUAUAUAAAAUAAAUAGGAUGUUUAAAAAUAUAAUUUGAGGAUAAGUAGGUUGAAAGGAAUAAUGUAAUCAACAAAUUUAAAAAGGUCACUUUUGUAUAACGGGCUCCCCUUUAAUGAGAAUAUCUAAUAAUAAAUUAAAUCUUCCAUGCAUUAUUUACGUUUAAAAUUUACACGAAGUAUUUACUAUACUUCAUCAGUAAUUAAAUUUUUAAAUUAAAAAAUAUCGGUUACUUUAUUAAGAAAAAUAAUUUAAAUCUUUAUGUAUCUUUAUAUCUUAUUAAUCCUAAUUUUAACGGGUAAAAUCACUAGUAUAUAAUAUUAUGUAUUAAAUUAGGUAUAUAUUAUAUAUUUAUAUUUAAUUAUAGGCAUAAUAUAUAUUAAAUAAAAUUAAAUCUAAUCGAAUGGAAUCGAAUUGAAUCAAACGAAUAUAAUCGAAUCUAUAAUAAGUAUUCAUUUCUGUCGGCAUUCCGCAAGUGCCACGCUCUACUUUUUUCUACAGCACACUACUUGUUUCCACUUUGAUUUCCGUAACUUCGUUUACAGGAGACAUCAUCAGUUAUGUUUAAAAAUUAGCACGUUUCUUAAGAUAUCUCAUAUCUCGAGAUACAAAAAAGGUUUCGACAUGCGGUUUUCGCUACUCUGUUGCUAAUUUGGUCUAAUUUUGCAAUACAGGAUUAAAAAUGCAUACUUGUAUUUAAUAUUUUCUAAAGAAAACUAGAUUUCCGAAAAACAUAAAAUAGCGCCCCCUAGCUGGUAUAUUACUUAUUAAUCUGUUUCGUAAUUAUUUCUCUUACAUUGACGAAAAAGAUCUGUUUUCAACGAGACCAAGUUUGCAAAAAUCGAUGUAGCAGAACCGGACUUACAGCCAUUUUUUCAUAACAAGGUUCCCACUCACCCCCACCUCUUAUUUGAAAAGAUAGACUUAAACUUGCGAAAUAAACUAUGCGCAGGAUUUUAUAAAGAAUACGAUGAUCGGAUUUCCAGUGCCCUUUCAUUGGGUAAAUUUUGUAAAAUUUUGAUUUUUUAAUUUUUGAUAUUCAGUUACGCCCUCUAGCGGUGGGCUUACAAUUAUGAAAAUAAUUUCCAGGCUUUUCCCGAGGCAACUUUUGUUAUAAUUUUUUUUUUCCAAAGCUGUACUAUAAACGGUUCCUGAGAUAUAGCCGAGAGCCAUUCUUAUUGGGACACCCGGUACAUAUGUACAAUAACAUAAAAAAAGCUUUGUUGUGUUCGUAAUACCCAUAUAUAAAGGCGUGUCAUUUCUAAAUCAAUCAGGUGCAGGUGUAAAUACCACAUAACUUUAACAACUUCAUCUUUCUCUAACAGUAUCUUCUGUCUAUUACCCUAUUUAUUUAUAAGAUUGACCCGCUUCAAGCACUGCCUUCUCGUGGCUUCUUCUUCUUAAAGUUUCAUCUCCUAUCGGAGGUUGGAUAUCAUAAUGGCUAUGGUCACUUUGUUGGCUGCUGCUCUGAACAGUUGUAAUGAACUACAGUUAAACCAUUCUCUAAGGUUCCUCAGCCAGGAGAUGCGUCUUCUUCAUAUGCUUCUUCUUCCUUGGAUCCUUCUUUGCAUAAUAACUCUCAGCAACUCAUAUUUUUCUCCUCUGGUAAUGUGACCCAAAUAUUCCAGUUUUCUUGUUUUUAUACUGUUCAUAAUUUCUAACUCCUUAUUUAAACGUCGUAGCACUUCAACAUUGGUAAUCCUUUAAACCCACUGAAUUUUCAAUAUUCUUCUGUAACACCACAUUUCGAACGUUUCUAUUUAUUUUUCUUAUGUGUUGUCUCUUCAAUGUCCAAGCUUCCAUUCCGUAUAGUAAUAUAGAAAAUAUGUAGCAUCUUAGAGCCCUCAAUCUGAGAGGCAAUUGAAGGUCUUUGUUUGUAAGCAGUGUCUUCAUUUUUAUAAAUUCUUGUCUUGCAGUUUCAAUUCGCACUUUAAUUUCUUUGCUUUGGUCAUUUUUGUCAUCAACCCAGGUUCCCAGAUAUUUUUAUGUCUUUAAUUUUUCUAUUUGGGUUUGCUCUAAUAUUAACCUUUCAUUUCCAUGUUGUGUUUUUGAGACAAUCAUAAAUUUAGUUUUUUCUUGUUUAUUUUGAGUCCAUAUCGAAUGCAAUAAUCGUUAAUUCUAUUUAACAAUUCUUGUAGCGAUGCCAGGGUGUCUGUCAUUAUAACGGUGUCAUCAGCGAAUCUUAUGUUAUUUAAAAUCCAUAAGGAAAAAUUUCCUGUAACUGGCUGUAUACCAUUAAUUACAAAAAUUGAAGAAAAUCUUCUGUGUAAAAGGUAUAUUUAUUUAAAACCCCAAUAAAGGGCUACAUUAAAAACAGAACGUUUUCGCUCUAAAGAGAGCAUCAUCAGUGUUCUAAGCAAGCUCUACAUGCUAAGCCACCAAAAAUCAUGGGUUAAAACCCUUAAAACGCCGACCAAAAGUCUUAUAUUGGCGUGUUAUAUAUUAAACCCUGGCGAUGGGUGAAAUUUAAACAAGAUAUACCUCAAAGCAUCAUAUGUCUAUACCACGUGUAUGUGGGUGGUUGAGUUGAUUUCUCUUUGUGAAGACUCAUAUUCCGACGUUCAUGAUCAGUACGGUGUCUUUGGGCUUUUUCUAAUGCCAUUAUGAUUGACUAGGAAUGCCAUUUUAGACCUUUAAUACAGUGGUUUUCCGUUCCCUUCCGUAUCCUUAAGCCGUUGACCCACUUCACUGGUUCAUCCGCCUUUAGGGUCAAUUUCUUGACCCUAGGACAAAAAAGUGCCCUACCACUUACCAACUCAUCCGCCCGAAGCCGUUGGUCAAUAAGUGGGGGAUUGCUUAUACCGGCAAUCAUUCGGUGAAUUUUUGUGGCAUUAAGUUUUUAUAUGCUUUACCAUCACUACCAAGAUAUGAUCAUAAGCUUAACAAGUAGGGUGUAGAAGAAAUUUUCUUUUGAUAAGUUGGUAGACUCGCUGACACAUCUGAUGCGUAUAACAUUGUUUUUAUUUCUUUCAGUUUUAAAUAUUCUGUUUACUAAUUCAGGUUCCCUAUUUUGUCAGUUUGGUUUUAUAGAAUAAUUUGUGGUAUUUUUCUGAUUCAUUGCUGGCAUAUUUAUUGACAGGUAGAUUAUCGACUAUCCAUCUCUUCAGUGAUCUUAUGCAUGCUUUUGUCAACUGGUUUUCUCUAGAACAAUUUUAGUCUGUCUUUCUCCUUUUUUGUCGUGUUAUGACUUAAUGCCUUAAUAUGAUUGACGCCAUCUUUGUCUUCAUCAUAUUACUAACUACAUCUUGUAUUCCAUAUUACGUUCUCGUAUGUCUGUUCUAGUUUUACCUUAUCAUCACCAUUAUCAAUCGGCCCUGAUUUGUCCAUUGUUUUUGUUUUAAAACAAACCAAUUAAAACCAUUAGACCAGAAAAUCUGACACGAUUUUCUGUGGGCAUCUCGGUAGGUUCUAUGUACGUACUAGGACGGUCCGAGAAGUACUUAGCCUUCAAAAGAAAAACAAAAAUUUUGGAAAUGUGAUGAUUAAUUUCUGAACGUAAUCUCCAUUCAGCUUGAUACACUUGACCCGGCGAUUCUCUACCUUCUUUAAUCCGUCUGAAAAAUACGUGUUCUCGAUGUCUGCAAAGUAGGUUUCCUUGGCGCUAAUAAACUCCUCAUUCGACUUAAAUUUCUGCCAGGCGAGUGACUUUUUCAAGUUUGGAAACAAAAAGAAGUCGUACAGUGCCAAAUCUGGAGAAUACGGUGGAUGGGACAGCAGUUCGUACCCCAAUUUGGCCAUGGAUACGGCGGAGGUGUGAGCCGGUGCGUUGUUAUGGUGGAAGAGUACUUUUUUCUUCCCCAAUUGGGGUUGUUUUGUCUGCAAUUCAAAAACAAGUCAAAAUGGUUCUAAAAUUAUCGUUAAAGAAUUUCUAAACAGUUGGUUGUACUGUGAUAACGUAGAAAAUUGUCAUUGACCGCGUUCAAGUUUAAAAGAAAAUAAUGUAUAAUAUGUGUUGUAUUAUAUGUUUAGUAAACAGUGCGGCAGAUCUGUCUUUCUGAAUAAUUGCUGUUCCUUGAUUUUUAUUAGGUCUUAUAGUUUAACCUUCAAUAUUGUGGAUAAUAAUAUAAUUAUUGUAUAUAGCAUACAUCUGUUUGGUAGUUGCCAUUGGUAAUUUAAAUUUGUUUUUUGUAUCAUUGAUUACAAAUUACUAAAACUACGCCAUCAUUGAUUUUAGAAUUGUGGUACUCGAAGAUUUUAUAGUUUGGUAACUAAAGUGCUCAUCAAAAGUUAGCGAUAAAGAAUAUUAUGCUCAUUUUCAUAGGUGAUUUUUUCGUGAACUGAUUAACGGUUUCUGCUAAUUUAUUAUUUAGAUUUUUCUUUAGUAUUUACUCAGUUGUGCAAAGGUUUACUCAAUUUUUUUUGUACUUAUGCCGGGUGGAAGAAAAAAAAAAGAAUGUGUGUGUGUACUUUGUACGCACGUAAGAAGUUAUACUUCUAUUAUAUGAUUUCAACGAAAUAAAUAUACUUUCAACAGGUUAUUUGUAUUUUAUUUAAAGAUUAAACUAAUUUUUACUUACUACUUUCCAAAAAAUUUUAGUAAAACAAUACCAAAAAUAAAAAAAAAAUAGAAAACACACAGAUUCGAUCCGGGAACCUCUCGAUCUCCGGUCACACGCUCCAUCACUGAGCUAUACUCCCUUUGCUGGAUUUCUCAUAUAUACUGACAAAUUUAAUAGACCAAGUGAAGUAUACAAAAAUACUUUAAAUAUACUUAUGUACUAUUAUUAUAAAAUAUCUUAUUCCCGAGGAAGACAAAUCCAAAGACACAAAAAUUAUAAUAAAUAUAUUUACUAAAAACACUAAUAAUAUAUUCUUUUCACGCACACUUUAUUUGCGCUACAUAAAGAUGUAGCGACUAAUACCAUACUGUCGGUGUGCGCAUGCGCCAGGGAAUGUAAAAAUUCACCCUCGUACCUAAAGAAGUAUAACUUCAAAAAUGUUUUUCGUAUAUUAAGUUUGAGACGCGCUGUAGGGAAGACGAGGUAUAAAUGUUAGAAUACAUCGGAAUCGCAUUGUAGUCUUAUUGGACGUUGAGCAUUUUGUUUUUUGAAUGUCCCUGGUAUAUUUAGAAACAAAGAAAAUAGACGGUUUUGUAAUUUGACAUGUGUUUUAACCGAAACAAAAGUUUGAGAAACCUAGUAGGGAGGUUGUAGGAAGGAAAAGGCACAAAGGUGCCUUUCCCAUUCUAUUUUUUUAAUUUCUCUCAUAUCUUUAAUAACACAGAAACUGUACGCUUUUAUUCUUUAAUAUUUGUUUUAACUGACGACAUGCGAUCAGUGAGGAGGCCAUAUCUUAUCAUAUCACUAAGAUUAAAUUAUUCCCUACCUAUAGUGCGAAAGGAACAGAGUGUCCAAAGAGAAAAAAUCUAUGUAAUGUACUUCUCGCUAUUUAAAGACCCUCCACCUUGACACCAAAUCCGUUUUCACCCCAAAACAUCACAGAGCCUCCAUUAAACAAUCUCGUCUCUCGUAUGUUGCGCUAUGCAUACCGCUUACCUGGUUGACCAAUAACUCAUAGGUGUCGAUUAGAACUGUUUACCUUAUGUGAUUUUCUGUUUUAAAAGUUUUGUUAACUGUUAUUUUUUAUUGUUAAUUUAGUUUUGUUUCAGAUAAAACACAUAUUAAAGAGUAAAACCAUCUAUUUUCAUUGUUUAUCAGGGUCAUUCAAAAAACAAAAUGUUCACAAAACAUAAGACUACAUACAAUACGAUUCCGAUGUAUACUCAGGUUUAUACCUCGUCCUCCCUAUAGGGGGUCUCAAACUUAACAUAAGUCAAACAUUUCUUUUCUUCCACCUGGUAUAAGUACAAAAAAUAAGUUUGAGUAAACCUUUGCACAACUGUGUAGGUACUGAAGGAAAAUCAAAAAUAAUUUUAAAAAAAUAGCGGAAUCCGUUAAUUUGUUGACGAAAAGAUCAACUAGGAAAAUGAGCAUAAUUUUCUAUACCCCUAACUUUUGACGAGCAGUUUAUUUUUAAGUGAUUGGGGGUUUUGUUAGUAUGACGAGUGUUUGGAAAAAUAAUGGAAUUUGGUCUACACAUUUUUGUAUGUCAUGAGCGCAUUGCAUUUCAUACUUAUGAAUUAUAUUUGGAACCGAUUUAAAGAAAUUUUUUAGAAAAAUUAUCGAAAAUUAUUUUUAGCAGAGAGAUUAGAUUAAUUAUUAUUUUUUAAAUUUUAAUGAGUUGAAAAUAUACUUGUACAUUCACAAUGUAGUUAUAUAUUCUUUAGGAAACGUUUAUUUGUUUAAAAAGAAAUUGUGGUUCUAUCGAUUACAAAUUAUUUUAAUGCACUAGUCAAUAAUUAAAUUCACAGGAAUUUAUUUAAUUAAUUUGAGGAUAUAAUUAAUUUCUUGAUAAUAUGAUACCUAAACAAAAUUCAUUAUGUUAAACUAAUUUUAAAAUAUUGCUAAUUAAUAUUAUUUUCAUUUUGUUCUCUGAAUUUAGGGUAUAAAUUGCGAUUUUAUAAGAAUGUUCAAUAAUUUUUAAGGCAUUAGUUACGUUUUUUGCAACGUUCAUCCUCUUAGCGUAAUUGUUUUUGUUUUCUUCAUAAGUUGUUUUUAUGUUAGUUUUAAUGUUAGCAUUCUAGCUUCUUAUGUAGUUUGGUAUGAGGAUUUUUGUAAUUGUCUUUUAACUACUUUUUAAUCAUAUGGGGGAGCGAUUAUAUAAUAUAUACUUUUACUUUUGCUAAUUUCUUGUUUUUUACGUUUUGAUUUUAGGUAAAUGUCCCUUUUUAUCUUUGCACACAUAUCCCUCUAUGUUUAAGUCAUCAUUUCCUUCAUAUCUUUAGCACAUCGUCGAUGAAGUACUGAUGAUUUAUGUCAAGCGAUUUUCACAUCUUUUUUCUUCCAUGCAGUUAUUGUGUUCAUUCCAAUCUUUUCUUUUAAUAUUCAGUUAUUCAUGUCUUUGAUCAUAAACCGGUAUGUUUUAUUUUCUUUUCUUUAUUUAUCUAAGAAUGUCUUUCUAAUUAUUCUACAAAGUAUAUUUAUUUAAUUGAUGGAUUCGACCGUUACUUGAUUUCAUUUUAUCUAACAAUAAAACACUGAAAACUUUUGUUUUCAAUACUUUCACAAAAUUUAUUACAAAUUAAUGUCACUUCAGCUGUUUCGGCAGAGUGCCUGUCUCAAGUGAUUUAUUUUACUAUGUCUUUACUGCAUUUUAAAGUCUCUAAAUGAAUAGGUUGAGGAGUGGGGAGCUGUUCGUCUCAAGUUGGUCAUUCAGAAUUAUACUUAGAUAUAAACUUUAAAACUUUAAAAUGUAACAUCACAUAGUAAAAUAAAUCGCUUGAGAAAGGUGGUGUGAGUUUGUAUUCUAACCCCAACAGUGGUGAAAAGGGUUUAAUUAUUACAUUUUGCCUAAUUGGACAUAGGUGAAUAUUUUAGGACCACGCGCAUAUGUUCCAAAGCAAUAGAGUCCUUUGAUAUUAACAAACUAGUGAACUUUUUGGGCGAAUGGUUCUGAGAAUUUAUUUGGUCGGGUUUUAUAGUUAUUAAUUAACACGAAAUAAAGGGUUGUGCACACGUGAAAUAAAAGUGAUAAGCGACAAAAACAUUUAUUAACAACGAGUUUGACAAAUAAGCGGCUUAACGAUAACUUGUCUAACCCGUUGUCCUAGCUGAACGACAAACGCGACACGACGCGAAAAUAUCAAGUAAUGGUUGUAUUUGUGUGUGGCCUACGUUUUCGGGUUAAUCAGUCUACGACAAGACGCGACGAAGUGCGAUCCUUUUUUUUGUUCGCGACGAGACACGACGCACGCAGUAUGACAUAUCUUAAAGUCAGUAACAGCAUCUCUUCAACAGAAAUUGGUUUUUGAAAAUUAUUUAUUGGCAGUUCAAACUGGGUUUAACAGCUGCAAUAAUAUAAUCGAAAGUAUACUCUUUAAACCAACGUGGAUUAUUUCUUAAUUUCGAAUAUAAAUGAUGCAAUUCUCCAAAUUUAUUUUGCUCUAAAUAUUUAUAUGAUAUUUGUUGUCUUUCUUCUUCGUUUAUGGAAUUUUUUUAGAGCUAAGUAUUUAGAAUAUGAAUGUUCUAGUAACACUGCCGUACACUCCCCAUACUGAAGAAUAGGAAUGAAUUGACAUCGUCACGUUUGUCCUAGGUUGAGCGAUGGAAGGCGACGCGAUGCGACGCUACAUAAGCCACACGUCGUGUGAAGUACUGGUCGCAUCGUAUCGCAUCGCAGCGCGUCGCGUCGUUUUCCGUCGCUCGCCUAGGACAACGGGUUAGUAGCGAAAGAGAGAGAAAGAGUCUAUUAUACAAAUUUCCGUGUUGACAAUUAGCGAGAGGGGUAAUUAUUGCGAGAGCGUAAUGGAUUUUCACGACGAAAAGAUGAGCACACACUUAACACCUCGCCUUAGAGAGGCUGGCGAGAAACUGGUUAGUUUUUAUUCUAAAACUGCAAUAUUUUGUUUAAGGGUAAUAAUGUCACUUAACAAGAGCGUAUCCAUGGCAUCCACACAUGUUUAUACCCUUGCGACCACCGAAGACGCCAAAGCAGCAACCAUAUGUCCGUUAUCUUUUGUGUCCUAACACAACACUUACAAACAAAAUUCUUAAAUCUUACUAGCCAAUGGUACCGAUUGUCCCAACAAAUUUAAAAGCGAUAUUUGUACAUAAAUGCCAACCAAUUUAACUGUUGUUUUCACAACAAAAGGCACUCUGCCGAAAUAGGUGUAAUGACAUUAAUUUGUAAUAAAUUUUGUGAAAGUAUUGAAAACAAAAGUUUUCAGUGUUUUAUUGUUAGGUAUAUUUAUUUCUGUUGUUUCCACUAGUCGUUCUAUUUUAGAUAUUUUAUGGUCUAGUUUCUGCAUUAUAAAUAAUGUUAUGAGGGGUCUCUUGUAAAUUAUUGAUUUGGUAAUUUCAUUUAUUAUUAAUUUAUUACGGAACUUAUUAUGUUCAAAGAUUUAGUUGUUCAAUUUAUUCUAUUAAAUUGGUAUAAGGGCCGUUGCAGAUCGUUUUUGUUGCCCCACUACUAUCUCUGCAUCAUCAUUAAUUGCCGGGAUAGUAAUAUGUUAAUAUCGUUUUAUACCAUUUUAUAUCCUUUUAUUUGCCCUACUUAUUAUUCAUUUCCACAAUUAAAAAAUGCGGUCUUACUCCUGCUAAAUAAAAAAUUGUUCAAUCAGAUACUUGGGGUAUCAAAAAGGUUCACCUCUAGGGGUCCUGUAAGUAGAUGACCUGAUAUGAUGUAUAGUGUCACUCACAGUCUCUAGCGGAUGUGGACGUCAAAGGCAGUUUUUAUAUGGUCGUCUAAAGACGAGACUAUGUUCUAUGCAUUUCUUUAGAAGGCUCUUCGAACUGACACCCCAGUUGAUAGUAUUAUAGGUAUCAUCUUUACACUUUCCAAUUUCUACUGUCUCUUUAUUAUACCUCAAUGUAUCUAUACUUAGCGCUUUUUUAUUCUAUUUAAAGCGAUUUUGGUAAGAUUAUUGUUGUUAGAUAUUGCCAUAUCAAUAAGGGUCGUUUGUCUAAUUAGUUUGUUGACUAGUAUGGGAUCAGGUCCAAGCGCAGUAGUUAGUCUGUGAGCAUAGUAAGGUCCAGUACACCUUGUAGUGGCCUUCUCAAGCAUAUUGGGACAUAUUUAUUAAAAGACAGAUGGUUCACUUGGAGAAGUUUGAGUUUGUGAGCUAGUUAUUAAUGAAAUAUAUUUUCUACUGGCAACUCCAAUAAGAUGUUGGGCUAUAAACUUAGUUAUUUUCGGGACCCUCUUUUUCGGGAAACAUCUUUUCUGAUAUCUUUCAAUAGUUCAACACUAUAUUGUCGACAUUGUCGUGACUGACAUUUAUAUAUCGCCCAUGAAGGGUAUUCUCUCUCUCCAUCCAUAUGCGUGUUUUUCUUCGUCAAAUGCGCGCAUAUCCAUACCUUAAGGGGUUACAUAGGUCUUGCGGGUAAAAAAAGUGACUUUAAAAAAAAUUGUAUCUCGAAAACUAAAAAUUAUUUUUAUUUAUAACUGAAACAUGUAAAAGUAUAGUUCUUAAGGUACUCUGAAAAAAAUUUUCAGCCAAAAAUAUUCAUUUUUGUAGAGUUGACUGCAAUUUUUCGACAACAGCCCUUUUUUGCGGUGGGCAGCAUAACUAAGUCCAGUCUCAUCUGAAAUCAAAAAAUCAAAAAGUUUCUUGUAGUUUAUAUCUCUGGCUAGUGAAUGAACGAAGGAAUUUGAAAAAAAAAUGAAAUUUGAAGAUUUUACAUAAGUUUAAACACAUUUACGACCCCAAUUUUUCUCAUUUUUUUCAAAAAUGAUCAUUUUUAAAGUAGUUUUUUUUAUAAAACAAAAACAACUUCACCUAAUAAAAAUUCCUUCGUUCAUUCACUAGCCAGAGGUAUAAACUACAAGAAACUUUUUGAUUUCAGAUGAGGCUGGACUUAGUUGUACUGCCCACCGCAAAAAAGGGCUGUUAUCGAAAAAUUGCAGUCAACUCUACAAAAAUGAAUAUUUUUGGCUGACAAUUUUUUUGAGAGUACCUUAAGUACUAUACUUUUACAUGUUCCAAUUAUAAAUAAAAAUAAUUUUUAGUUUUCGAGAUAAAAUUUUUUUUUAAAGUCACUUUUUUUACCCGCAAGACCUAUGUAACCCCUUAAAACAAGAGUGUUAAGGCGCGUAUUCAUUAGGUUGGUGCUCCGUGCUUCGUGUAACUGCUCCAAUGGAUACGGCAUGUGCUUCUCUACAUAUAAACCGCCACCGGUGGGGUGGGCGCCAACGUAUCCACUAUGUGGAGCAGUUACGCGGAGCACCAAUACAAUACCAAAUGAACUGCUUCGAGUUUUUCAAUCGAAAACCGUAUAAUGAAAAGAAAAAUAACUCUAACAAUAAGAUUUAUUUAUUUAUUUAGUUUAUGACAAUAAAUUGUAAUAUAAAACAUUAUAUUAAUGUCGAUCUAUACAUAGAUCGAUAACGUUGAGAUGAUUAUUUGUUUUGCGCAUGAACGCCAUGGAAGGCAUACGACGACUGUUCCGUUGAAAAACUAUCUCAUUUUCAAUUUUUAUAUCUCCUGUUACGGUUUAAAUUUUGUAAGUCUAUCCUACCAUUUUAUGUAUUUUCUGUUAUGCUCUCUACAGUCAACUUAACAUUUUUCUGACUUAGCCCAAAUAAUUUGUUAUAUGGUGCAAUAAUUCUCGUUCUCUCCAUCUCUGUUAAUUUAUUUUUAUAUAUUUUACAUUUAAAUGAAUUUAUCGUUUUCUCUAAGUUCAUUUAUUUUCUAAAUGGUACUGUGUAAUAUAUAAGUGACAAUGUUUUGUUGUACGUCACUUCUAUUCCUGAAAAUAGUACAAUUUAGAAAUAUUUCAUACGAAUAAUUUAUUUAGUAAUGUGAAUGCUACAAAUAAGUAUUUUGUAUUUGUGAUCAUAGGACUUUUAAUACUAGUAAAAUUGUGAUUUAUUUGAAAAAAUAUCGAAAAUAAUACUAGUGGCCUUUCGUAGCUUUUUUUACGAAUAGUUAUGUUUGUAUAUUUUUUAUUUUUUACUUUAUUAUAAAAGUAAUGUACAGAUAUUCACUGCAUAUUUUUUUAGGUUUUUAGUUCAGUGGUUAUUUAAACUUAAAAACUGUUGUAAAUAAAUGAAUAUGAAAGUAUAA